GAACAGCUGUUAACGCAGCCCUGUCUGGCCCCAACACGUGAAACGCGCAAUGGACAACAAAAUAUUAUGCAAGCAGGGGACAUUUUUGUGUGAAAAUUAAAUAAAUUUCGUAAUCAAACGUUGCAAUUGCAUAGUCAAAAUGUAUCGUUUGUUGGGCGGCAAUCGUGCCACAGCCAUGCAACGGAUGCUGCGGCUGCCAACGCCUGCCUCAACAAACAGUAGCUGCUGCAGCUGCGGCAACGUCGGCGCCGCUGCGCACAAUUUAACACAAUAUCAGCAAUAUUAUCAGAUGCUCUAUCGCGCAGCGCCGGCAAGUAAGUAAAUGAGUUUGCUGACUAAAAAGUGCAGCAAAUUAAUAAUUAUUCUUCUGACAGCAACAACUGCCGCACGCACACAGUCCACCACGCCCACACAGACAGACGCCCUGGCGGUGGCCAAGAAGAAACGUUUGCGCAAACCGCGCUACGCCAAAUAUGUGGAGCUCCUGGAGGUUACCGAACUGACUGCCAGCGAGCGCAAAUCACGCGUGAAACGCUUGAAAUCAAAGAAAUUGGCGGAAUUCAUACAGAAAACGCAAAUGCAAAUCUUGGAGAAGCGCGCGCGGGAUGAGCGACGCGCUGUGAAGAAGGGUAAGCCGAGCAGCGAGGAGGCCGCACAGCGACAGCCGGCUGAGUAUCAAAAAAUCGAUUUUGAUGCACUCGAUAGCUCCAUACUGGAGGCGGGCAUGUACGAUGACAAGCCGCUGAUAUUCUUUGGCAAAGAGACAUACACCAAACAGUUUAUUGCCAAUCCGGCGGAGGUGCAUAAGAUACUGAAAAGCUUUCACAAUUAUCGUGACAUCAUUGAGGGCAUGGAGAAUGAGCGACAGGAUCAUGCCGAGACGCAUUUGUCGAGCUUUAGUGUAAAUGCACCUAAGCACGCAGCUGAUCCCUUUGAAACAAUUGAGCCAUAUAUCGAUGUACAGGAGUCGCAUAAGGCGACCAUGCCUGCCAUCAGCCGGCCCCAGUCUAAUGCCGUGACAGCCAAGUCCAAGAAACGCUUCAAGUCCAAGGUGCAUGUAACUGAGGAGCAGGAGCGUCAGGCCAAGCAUCGUGCGCUGAUCAUCAAUUUAACCACAUAUCUGAAUGUGUGCGUCUCGGCCAAUAUGCUGAGCCGUGCGCUCUCCACGAUCUUCGCCUAUCGCAGUCGCGCCAGGAAGAGCAAUGCGCAGCAGCAGAAACAAGCCAGCAGCAUCAUCACCAUCGAUUUGUACAACAUUCUGUUGCAUGGCUAUGCGGGCAAGGGUUCCUUUGAUCGCUGCCAGGAGCUAUUCAAGUUGAUCCAUGAGGAUGGCCUCGAGUUCAACGAACAAACAUAUGCGGCCGUAUUCGAGUGCCUGGGUCGCGUGGAACCAGAUGCACAGAAUCAGCAAUUAAUUGAGCAGUACAUAGCCCAGGCGGAACAGCAGGGUUAUAUAUUAGAUCAAAUCAUGGAUCGAGCUAAAUUUAUAUCGGAUCAGCGCGACAUAGCACUGGAUGCCAUUCGGCGUGUGCGCGCGAACUUUACGCCGGUUUAUGUGCCGCCCCAGCUGGGCUACGAUAACGAGCUGCUCAAUGAGCUCAACGCAAAGGUGCUGCCCGUGGGCGCGGAGACAACGGCUGCAGCUCCGGAGGAGGAUUGUGUUAUGAUGAGGUCGAAGCGUGGCUUUAGCAAAGCACAGCUGGAACAGAUGGCACGCGAGCAGCUGCAAGUGGAGUUGGAUGGCUGCAUUACCAUCAAAUCCAUUGAGAAUUCCAAGGAGUUUGCCAAUGCCGAGUAUUGCCGUGGAAAACUGAAAGAGCUGGAACAAAACUGGCGCAAACAAAUCUCCGCCGCGAUUGUGCGCGAUCUGAAUACGUUGCGGGCUCAGGUGAGAUUCAAGCCGCACGGCUAUAUGAACUACUACACGUACCUGAAGGUGCUCGACACGAAUCACUUUGCGGACAUACUCAUCAAGGAGUUGUACAAGCUAGCCGAGGGCUCGGAAACCUUUAGUCCCACCGUGGGUCAGCUGUACAGGGAGUUGGGCCAAAGGGUGCAGCAAUGCUAUCAAAUCGAGCUGAAGAAACACAAUGGCACGCUGGAGAAGAUCGGCGAUAUCUACAGCGAUUAUUGUGAUCUGUGGGCCAGUGGACACAACGAGGACAAUACGCGCCAAAUGUGGCAGCGACUAGUGCACGCCCAGCGACACAGUGGACCCUCCAUGGAUAUGCCCGAGGUGCCGUGGCCCACCAAUGUGCUCGCCGGCGUGGGUCGUUUCCUAUACAACAUACUGAUGCGCGACAUUAAGAUCGAUGCGCACAUCAUGCGCCAGAAGAGCAAGACAACGAAGACAACGGCGACGACAACGGCACCGAAUCUGCUGCCCGCCUUCUAUACGCUGUUCCGCAAUCAGGGCCGGCUGGUCAAGGAGGAGGUUAAGCCGCAUCCGGUGCUGUCGCGUCUGUUGCGCGCCUCCCGCCAGCAGACGCUCACCUUUGACUCGAAUCUGGUGCCCAUGCUGUGCCCGCCCCAGCCCUGGAGUACACCCCAAAACGGCGGCUAUUUGCUGAACAAAUCGGAGCUCAUCCGACUGCCGCAUCAGGCUGUGCAGCAAUGGGAGCGCAUACGUGCAGCCAAUCCGCAGCAUCUCUAUCCGGCGCUCGAUUCACUCAAUCAGCUGGCCAGCGUGCCGUGGCGCGUCAAUACCCAGCUGCUGGAUGUGAUCAUUGAGGUCUUCCAGAAGGGCGGCGAUGCCAAAUUGGAUGUCCCACAGCCGCCCAGCUCCUUGCCGCCGCUGCCUACGUUGCCGACGGGCGAGAAGGCUGGCAGCGGCGUCUCGCCAGCGGAACGUGCCAAACAGUUUCGGGAUAAGCUCGGCCAUCGACGCAGACAGGCCGAAAUGUACAGCUUGUGGUGUGAUGCUCUCUAUCGCCUGUCGCUGGCGCAGCACUACCGCGACAAGGUCUUCUGGCUGCCGCAUAACAUGGACUUUCGUGGACGCGUUUAUCCCGUGCCGCCGCAUCUGAAUCAUUUGGGCUCGGAUCUGGCGCGUUCGAUGCUUAUUUUCGAUCAGGCACAACCGCUGGGCGUGGAUGGUUUUAGCUGGCUAAAGCUGCACUGCAUCAAUUUGACGGGCACAAAGAAGCGGGAUUCAGUGCGCGAGCGUCUACUCUACGCCGAGGAGAUAAUGCCGGAGAUCUUGGAUUCGGCGGAUAAUCCGCUCACGGGUCGCAUGUGGUGGGCCAAAUCGGAUGAACCGUGGCAGACGCUCGCCUGCUGCAUGGAGAUAGCCAAGGUGCAGCGUUCUCCCGAUCCUGCUGCCUAUCUGAGUCGCUUUCCCAUCCACCAGGAUGGCUCCUGCAAUGGGCUGCAGCAUUAUGCGGCGCUGGGUCGUGAUGAGGCUGGCGCCUGCAGCGUUAACCUGGCGCCCUCGGCCAUACCGCAGGAUGUGUACAGCGCUGUGGCGGCCCUGGUGGAGCGCUCACGCAAAACGGAUGCACAGAACGGACUGCAUGUGGCCCAGGCGCUGGAGGGUUUCGUGCGGCGCAAGGUGAUCAAACAGACGGUGAUGACCACCGUUUACGGCGUCACACGGUACGGUGCACGGCUGCAGAUAGCGCGUCAGCUGAAGGAUAUCGAUGACUUUCCCAAGGACUGGGUGUGGCCGGCCUCCACAUAUUUGACCACCAAAACGUUUGAGAGCCUGCGCGAAAUGUUCACCUCGACGCGCGAGAUUCAAGACUGGUUCACGGAAUGUGCGCGUCUCAUAGCGGGCGUUUGCAGUCAGAAUGUGGAGUGGGUGACACCGUUGGGUCUGCCCGUGGUGCAGCCGUACAAUCGGCAGGAGCUGAAGCCUGUGGCGCGCCAUGGCCUGCGCGUGUUGCCCAAUAUGCCCAUGGAUAUGUACGAGCGACCGAACAUUCUGAAGCAAAAGAACGCCUUUCCGCCCAACUUCAUACACUCGCUGGACUCGUCGCACAUGAUGCUCACCUCGCUGCACUGCGAACGGCAGGGCAUCACCUUUGUCUCCGUGCACGACUGCUUCUGGACGCAUGCGUGCACGGUGCCGGAGCUUAAUCGCGCCUGUCGCGAACAGUUUGUCGCCCUGCACUCGCAGCCGAUACUCGAGCAGCUGUCGGAGUUUAUGCGGCACACCUACAGCUUUCGGGACAACGACUUUACCAACGAUGGCUCCGUGGAGGAUCUGUCCAAGCGUCAGUUGAAUCGCACUUUGCGCCAGCUGCCACAAAAAGGUGACUUUGAUCUGCGCAACGUUCUCGACUCGGUCUAUUUCUUCAGCUAAUUCGAUUAACUUUAAAAAAAAUGGUGCCUAACUGAAGUACUUUAGUCAUUUCUUUA